CUACUCCAGCCUCCGCCGCCUCAGCUUCCCGAGCGAGCCCUACGGCCGCCGGAGCAGCUCCCGCGGCGGAGCAGGAGCCGGAUGGUCAGAGGAGCCCGGCAGCCCCAGCAGCCGCGGAGUCGCCUGGGCCCCAGACUGACUGGCACAGUGGAGAAACCACCUCGAAAACGGAAAAGCAGGACUGAAUUUGCUCUUAAAGAAAUCAUGUCCUCUGGAGGUGCUGAAGAUGACAUCCCACAGGGAGAGAGGAAAACAGUUACAGACUUUUGUUACCUUCUGGAUAAAUCUAAGCAACUGUUCAACGGGUUAAGAGAUUUGCCACAAUAUGGGCAGAAGCAGUGGCAGUCUUAUUUUGGAAGAACUUUUGAUGUUUACACCAAACUCUGGAAGUUCCAGCAGCAGCACCGACAAGUCUUGGAUAAUCGGUAUGGCUUGAAGCGGUGGCAAAUAGGGGAAAUUGCUUCUAAGAUUGGGCAGCUAUACUACCAUUAUUACCUGCGCACAUCUGAGACCAGCUAUCUGAAUGAGGCUUUCUCCUUCUAUUCUGCAAUCAGACAGAGAUCAUAUUAUUCUCAAGUCAAUAAAGAGGACAGACCUGAGUUGGUAGUUAAGAAGCUACGAUACUAUGCAAGAUUUAUAGUAGUUUGUCUUCUUCUCAACAAAAUGGAUGUUGUAAAGGAUCUGGUGAAGGAACUCUCGGAUGAAAUUGAAGAUUAUACUCACCGCUUUAAUACUGAAGAUCAAGUGGAAUGGAACCUGGUGCUUCAAGAAGUAGCAGCUUUCAUUGAGGCAGACCCUGUGAUGGUAUUAAAUGAUGAUAAUACCAUUGUUAUCACGUCUAAUCGCCUUGCUGAAACAGGAGCCCCAUUGCUGGAACAGGGCAUGAUUGUGGGACAGUUGUCUCUGGCUGAUGCACUCAUUAUUGGUAAUUGUAAUAACCAGGUUAAGUUCAGUGAACUAACUGUUGACAUGUUCCGGAUGUUACAAGCCCUGGAAAGGGAGCCAAUGAAUUUAGCUUCCCAGAUGAAUAAACCAGGAAUGCAGGAAUCAGCUGACAAGCCUACCAGGCGAGAAAACCCCCACAAGUACCUACUCUACAAACCAACGUUCAGCCAACUAUACACAUUCUUAGCAGCAUCUUUUAAGGAGCUGCCUGCCAAUAGUGUGCUUCUGAUUUACCUGUCAGCCACUGGCGUUUUCCCCACAGGUCGUUCUGAUAGUGAAGGUCCUUAUGAUUUUGGAGGGGUACUUACUAAUAGUAACCGAGAUAUUAUAAAUGGAGAUGCCAUCCACAAACGAAAUCAGUCCCACAAGGAAAUGCACUGCCUUCAUCCUGGAGAUCUCUAUCCCUUCACAAGGAAGCCCCUGUUCAUCAUUGUGGAUUCAUCCAAUAGUGUUGCGUAUAAGAAUUUCACAAACUUAUUUGGACAGCCACUAGUCUGCUUGCUUUCUCCUACAGCAUAUCCAAAAGCUUUACAAGAUCAGUCUCAACGAGGUAGCCUGUUCACUCUCUUUUUGAACAAUCCUCUAAUGGCCUUCCUAUUUGUCUCUGGAUUGUCAAGCAUGCGUAGAGGCCUAUGGGAAAAGUGUCAAGAAUAUCUUCGAAAAAUCAACCGCGAUAUUGCCCAGCUACUGACCCAUUCACGUUCAAUAGAUCAGGCAUUUCUCCAGUUCUUUGGAGAUGAAUUUCUUCGCUUGCUUCUCACAAGAUUUAUCUUUUGUUCAGCCACCAUGAGGAUGCACAAGAUUUUUCGGGAAACACGAAAUUAUCCAGAAUCAUAUCCACAACUGCCAAGGGAUGAAACAGUGGAGAACCCUCACCUCCAGAAGCACAUUUUGGAAUUAGCAUCCAUUCUGGAUGUGCGAAACGUAUUCCUUGAGAAUACCAUAGAUGACUAUUAAAACAAAAAUCCUCUGUUGAAACAAGUUUUCAUUUGCCACAGAUUUUAAAUGGUGCAGUUUUCUAAUGUGAUGACAGACACAUAGUGGUGUUAUUUAGCUUUUAUUUUUCAAUUUAGGACCACCAUUUUAAAAACAAGCUGAAAAAAAUUGUUCAAACUUUUAGGGUAACUGUUUUAAAAUACAGUAUUUCAGGUCUUUUAAAAACUCGAUUAAUCUUGGAAUUUUUAUUUUUUGGUUUUGAGGUACGGAUACUUACCUCUAACAUCUGAUCCUACACUCAUAUAGUCACUAUUCUCACCCUGAGAAGAGUAAAUCAUUUAUUUUUGUAUAAUGAGGAAAACCCAACUCUUAUACUUGGACCUUAAAUGUGUGGAUUUGGAAAAUAUGUAAUUGUUCACAAAUAUGAAACUAGCCAGCAUGGACUACUAAGAAUCAAGAACAGAGCCCUUCCAUAAUAUUUCUUUUCAUUCCAAGUUAGUAGAUAGAAAAAUAUGUGAUUCUUUGAAGCCUAAUCAAGAUAGUUCUUAAAAGCAUUUAAUUCGUUUAAAUGCUGUCAAAAUUUCAGUAACUGUAUAGGAUUGAUUUGCAUCUGAAAAGCUGAAUCUUUAAUUGGGGUCUUGAGAUGAUACAUAUCAUUUGGAAUGUGUGAGUCCUGUGUUAUCAUAAGAUAUGUUUGCAUAUUUUGUUUUCUUUGUAGUCUUUGAAUGCUGGAAGUGAAAAACAAUAACUUUUAAAUCUUUCAGUCAAAAAAUCAGAUUGUCGUUUUCAUAAUACAGUGUUUCCAUAGGAAUUCCAUUUAAACUUUUAUUAAUUAAUGAGAUCAAGUUUAAAGACUGUCUAGGUUGAGGUCUGUGGUAUACAGUAGAGAGUUUGUAAUCUUUUUGCCUAGUUCAGAUUUAUGAAACUUCAGAGUAGUUACUAAUUUUAGUUGAGGGUAACUGAAUUGUUAUAUAAUUAAAAUGGAAGUUGCUUUUGCAUUGACAAUUUGGAAAUUAGGUUUUUAAAAACUCCUUAUAUUUACAAUUUUAUAUUUCAUGCACAAGUUUUUUA